GCGUGGCGGAGUGGCGGUGGCUGUGGUGGUGGUGGUGGUCAGCCUGGCCCCCGUGCCCUUAGCUUCAUUGCCUCUCCUCUGGCUCUCUCUGGUUCUCUGGCUCUCUCUUCCUGAGGCUAGUGUGUCCUUGCAGCCCCCGUCAUGUAUGCCUUACAGAACAAUGUGGAGCCAAUGGUCAUUGACAUGGCUGUGGAAGAGAAUGACAACACAGAGGAAGAGCCGGUGAUAGUGGAGAGCACAUCACUGGACUUGGAGACCUACGCAAACUGUUACACGGGUCUUGCCAAGCUCCAGCGACUCAUCUUCAUUGCCGACCGGUGUCCACAGCUGCGAGUUGAGGCACUCCGCAUGGCCAUCUUCUAUGUACAGACAACCUACAAUGUCAACCUUUACACACAGCUGCACAGAAAGCUGCAGGAAGCAGUCAGUGGGGCCAUUGCUGGCAACCCCAGCCUUCCAGACAUUGCUGGGGGAGGUGGUGUGGCGGCCAACUUCCCUGCCUUGGACAUGCAGUGGGUGGAGUCUCGUGCCAAAAAAGCUGCACUAAAAUUGGAAAAGCUUGACACUGAUCUAAAAAAUUCUAAGGUCAACAGUAUCAAGGAAUCCAUUCGACGAGGCCACGAUGACCUUGGUGACCACUAUUUAGACUGUGGUGACCUCUCAAAUGCUCUCAAGUGUUACUCACGCGCCAGAGAUUAUUGCACCUCCUUUAAACAUAUUAUUAAUAUGUGUCUUAAUGUUAUAAAGGUUUCAAUCUACCUAAACAACUGGUCCCACGUUCUGAGUUAUGUAAGCAAGGCUCAAGCAACACCUGAAGUAGCAGAAUCCAGGCCGAGCAAUAACAAAGACCAGUCAGCCAUAAUCCAGACCAAGUUAACCUGUGCCUCAGGAUUAGCACAACUAGCAACAAGAAAGUAUAAGCCUGCAGCUAAGAGUUUUCUUGCGGCGCAACUUGAUGCCUGUGAUUUCCCAGACCUUUUGUCCACCUCCAACGUUGCCAUGUAUGGAGGACUCUGUGCACUAGCCACAUUCUCACGCCAGGAGCUACAGAAACUUGUAAUCUCUAGCAGUUCCUUCAAACUGUUCCUGGAAGUGGAACCUCAGUUACGAGACAUAAUUUUUAAGUUCUACGAGUCAAAGUAUGCUUCCUGCUUGAAGCUAUUAGAUGAAUUAAAGGAUGUUCUGAUGCUAGACAUGUACUUGGCACCUCACCUCAACACACUCUACACUCGCAUUAGAAAUCGUGCUCUUAUUCAGUACUUCAGCCCAUACAUGAGUGCUGAUUUAGAGAAGAUGGCAGCUGCUUUCAACACUACUAUAUCUGCUCUAGAAGAUGAAUUAAUGGCCUUAAUUCUAGAUGGACAAAUUCAGGCUCGGAUAGACUCCCAUAAUAAGAUCCUGUAUGCCAAGGCUGUGGAGGAAAGAAGCAUGACCUUUGAGCGAUCCCUGGAGAUGGGCCGGGAACACAUCAUGAGGGUGAAGGGUCUCAUACUCCGGUCAGCACUCAUAAAGAACCAAAUCCACGUCAAAAGUCCUCCCAGGGAAGGGGGUGGGGGGGGAGGGCAAGGUGGUGGGGACGUCACCAUGGCAGCUAGCAACAGUUCUGCUGCCACUCCAAGAAACUAAUUGCAAGUGACCAGUGCCCAGGCUGUGUUGAGACUAGACCUGUGCAGAGUUCUGGCUCUGUUGGUCCACAGGCAGACUUGCCACCAGACAAGACUUAAACAGUUAAUAUUGCUCACUUGAGUUAUACAGAUACAUUGCUGCUUGUCAGUUACUUCCUGUGUAAUUUGACAAAGCAUAUGUGUACAGGAGAGCUUUCACUUGUGAACACUAUGCAGGGGUUCUAUGACACUCUUGCCAUGAUAUUGAUCACGACAGUAGAUCACAUCAAAGUGUGCAUAGCUUACUUCCAUGCUGCUGGUGAUUGCUGAUGGACACCAGCAAGUGAACCUCAGGAGGUCUGUGAACUAUGUAUCUCUAUUUACUUGGUGUUUAUCAUACCAUGUAUAGCAAUGAUUUUUUUCUUUUCUCCCAAACCCAGGAACAAGCAGAAGAGUAUCUCAGUUGGGGUGUUUGAUGAUGCUGGGAUGUAACCUGAAUGAAAAGAGGCAUGAAGGAGUUAAAAUUGUGUAUGAAGUGAACCAGGAUGAUUUUCUUUAAGACUAAGCUGGACAACUUGAAGGAGGAUAUGUUUUAGUAAGUGUAAAAGGGUAAAUUUGUGAGUGGCUGAAGAAAUGCUUUACUCUUCCAUCCCCAGAGCCAUUGACAGCAGUUGUUAUCUAUCUUUCUUAUUUCUCUGAUGAGGUUGGCCACAGCAGAAGAGCCUCUGUGUCUCUCUAUCUAAAUGCUUCCUUCUUGUGUGCUCAGACAUGUGGCCUCUACUUGCUUGCCUUUCACACAUAACCUUUAUUUUAUUCUUUCAACCUUUAUUUUAUUUCUUUCAUCUUCCAAGUGGUCUUUGUUUUCUCUUGACACAUUCACUUUCAAUUACAUACACUUCCUUUACAAGUUCUAUCUAUCCUUUCAGUUUGACCAUGUCAGUGAUAUUGUUUGUUCCUUAUUGCUUGAAUUUGUUAAAAUCAACAUUAAUCUUGAGUAAACCUCUUUCAUUCUCUGGGUUGCUUAUUCUUCACACUUUUUCCUCACACCAACGAUUAUAUUUUCUCUUCAGCCACUCAUGAUAUACCACUUUAAACUUGACCAAACAUUUCCUCACUGCAGUUAAGCCUCUUUUCACUAUUGACUUCACAUACAUACAUACAUACAUUAAAACACCCCAGUUCAAGUUUUAUUUCUGAUUGUUUGUUGGUUUGUAAGAAGUUGAGGAUUAAUGGGGAAGGGUUCACAACUCUCUGCCCUUGUCCCUUUUGGUUGCCUUUAACAAGCCACAGGGAAUACAUGCAUAUAUUAAAACUUCUCAUAUCUUGGGAGUGGCCCUAAAGUAAACCACCCAGGCUAGUUGCACGACAGAGCAGUGGGUGGUGGGUUGCCAUGUCCCUGUACCAGUCGGAAUAGUACUUCACUCAAAUUUGUAAACGUGUGAUUUGCAGGAAAUUCUCAUUCCAUUAAAGUUUUGUGAAAUGAGUGUAUAGGUGCUUAAAUUAAACAAUAUACCAAUGGGAGAAGAG